AGCUUUCGGGGGCUCCAACACCUCUACUGGUCGAUACCACAGCCCACAGUCUCUACCUUGUACCUUUGGGUUCCUGCUCUGGGCUGGAACAAGUGGUCUGCACUGAGUCAUCCACUGUGGGCACUGAUGUGGUCACCACAUGAUUCUCACACAACCACCCAGAGGACGUCAUCAGGCAGAGAAGGCGGGGGCAGGGAAGGUUUCGUGGAAAGCCACCUAUGAUGAAGCACCACACAACCCUAGGGGCACCUGAGGUCACUGAGCCCACCUGCACCUCCUUCCUCUCCUGGGGGCUAUAAGAGAGCAAGGAGAAUGUACCAGCAGCUCCCACCUGGUCACCGUCCCUGGAAUGAUGCAGCCUCUCCUGCUCCUGCUGGCCUUUUUACUGCCCCCCAGGGCAAAGGCAGGGCAGAUCAUCGGGGGACACGAGACCAAGCCCCACUCCCGCCCCUACAUGGCUUUCGUUCAGUUUCUGGCGAAUGAGAGACAGUACAGGUGUGGCGGUGUCCUUGUGCGAAAGGACUUUGUUCUGACAGCUGCUCACUGCUGGGGAAGCUCAAUCGAUGUCACCCUGGGGGCCCACAACAUCCAGGAGCAGGAGAAGACUCAGCAGGCCAUCCCUGUGAGCAAAGCCAUCCGCCAUCAGGACUACAAUUCUAAGAAUUUCUCCAACGACAUCAUGUUACUAAAGCUGGCGAGAGAGGCCAACCAGACUGCAGAGGUGAGGCCCCUCAGCCUGCCCAGGGGCAAGGCCCAGGUGAGGCCCGGACAGGUGUGCAGUGUGGCCGGCUGGGGGCAAGUCUAUCAGAAGGGCCCAUACUCAGACACACUGCAGGAGGUGGAGUUGACCAUACAGAAGGACCAGGAGUGCGAAUCUCACUUACGCAAUUAUUACAACAGUACCAUUCAGCUGUGCGCGGGGGACCCGAAGGAAAAGAAGUCUUCCUUUAAGGGGGACUCCGGGGGCCCUCUCCUGUGUAAGAACGUGAUCCAGGGCAUUGUCUCCUAUGGACGAAGUGACGGGUCACCUCCACGGGCCUACACCAAAGUCUCGAGUUUCCUGCCCUGGAUAAAGAAAACCAUGAAAAGCCUCUAACUGCAGGAACCAGACCAUCUUCUCUGAAGCUCACCCAAAAUCACACCAGCAACUAAAUAAAUAUCUCUUAGCUGA